GGAGUUGCAGCAUCUUUAAGGGGUGACCUCAUGGAGGAGGAACUUUUGGGGCCUGCGUGGAUACGAUGUCGGGGAGCUCAGGGCGAAGUGAGGCGUCCGGGCUCUACCACGAGCGGCAGCGCCUAGAACUGUGUGCCGUCCAUGCCCUCAACAACGUCCUCCAGGAGCGACUCUUCACCCAAGAGGCGGCUGAUGAGAUCUGCAAGAGGCUGGCUCCGGACGCCAGGUGGAAUCCCCACCGCAGCUUUCUGGGCACGGGUAACUAUGACGUCAACGUCAUCAUGGCGGCCCUGCAGAGCGUCGGGCUGGUAGCCAUCUGGUGGGACAAGCGCAGGCCCCUGGAGCAGCUGUCCCUGGCAGGGGUCCUUGGCUUCAUCGUCAACGUCCCGUCCAAUGUCUCCCUGGGCUUCCUGUCUCUCCCCAUGAGGCGGCGGCACUGGAUCGCCGUGCGCCAGCUGGACGGCACCUACUACAACCUGGAUUCCAAGCUGAAGGCUCCCAUGCCGAUCGGAGGGGAAGCUGAGCUCAGAUUAUUCCUCCAGGAGGUGCUCUCUCAGGGCCCCUGCGAGUUGCUACUGGUCGUGCCCCAUGAGGCAGAAGAAGCCGGGAGCUGGCUAAGCACCGUCAAGUGAAUCAUGGCACCAAAGAAGCCCGCCUGUGCCCG